CCACCUCAACAAGCCUGGAUUCUUAAACCUCUACCCAAGUUAACAGAUGGUGAAGCUGAGGAAGACUGGCAGAAUGGGCGGCGCUACUCCAAAACGCAGCAACGACGGCGCAUCAGUUGCUCCUCCACUGACCCGGCGGCGACCACAGGUGAAGGUGUUGGAGCUGACACACAUUGAGCGAGAGUAUGAGCUGGUUCAUGCCAGGUUGAAGAUGGUGAAGACCCAACCAGAUAUUCCUUCAUCAGGAGGCCCUCUGAGUGCUGCGGACACAAUCAGUCUGCUCACUCAUGGCCGACUGUUCCGUGAGGCUGUGCGUCUAGCGAAGCUGUUUGAGCACCCGGUGGCUCCUGUCCUGAAGGGUCUGGCCCACGCCUGUCUCCA